AUGUCGCUCCCAUCGGUUCCCCCGGUCGCGGGCACCGAUCCCGCCCGCUCGGUCCUCGAUUCGUUCCGGAUCUCUAUAGCCAAGCGGGUCGCGGAGGCCCUGCCGCCGCUCACCAUCGAGCAGGUGUAUUCGGGCGUCGACUAUGGCAAAAAAGGUGUCGAUUUUACGAUCGCGCUUCCGCGCUUCAGGCUGCCUGGAAAGGUCGACGAGCACGCCUCCAAAGUCGUCGAAAGCUUCCAAGCCGACGACUAUGUCGAGAGCGUCGUGCACGACAAAGCCUUCCUCCACUUCAUGUGCCGAACACCCUCCCUCGUCCGCUCCGUCCUCACCCAGGUGCACACCCUCACGCACGACACACCCUCCGGCAAGCCCGAGUACGGCUCCAAUACCUCCGGCCAGGGCAAAAAGCUCGUCCUCGAGUACUCCUCGCCGAACAUCGCCAAAAGCUUCCACGUCGGGCACCUCCGAUCGACUAUCAUCGGCGCGUUCUUGCGCAACCUCUACCUCGCAUGCGGCUGGGAGGUCAUGUCGCUCAACUACCUCGGCGAUUGGGGUACCCAGUUCGGCAUGAUCGCCAUCGGGUUCGAGAAGUACGGCUCGCAAGAGGAGCUCGAGAAAGACGCGAUCAAGCACCUGUUCGACGUCUAUGUCAAAGUCAACAGUGACGCCGCGAAUGAUCCGAACGUCAAGGUCGAGGCCGCCAAAUGGUUCAAGCGGAUGGAGGAUGGCGACGAGGAGGCGCUGAAGAACUGGCGGGUGUGGCGAGAGCUGAGCGUGAAGAAAUACGAAGAAGAGUACGAACGGCUGAACGUACCCUUCGACGUGUAUACGGGCGAGAGUAAGGUCGGGAAGGAAUGGCAGGAUAAGGCACUGGAACGGCUGGACGAGAUGGGGCUUAUCAGCGAUGCGGAAGGUGCGAAGCUCGUCGAUCUGGAGAAGUGGAAACUCGGCAAGGCCGUGUUGCGGAAAAAGGACGGCACGUCAAUUUACCUCACGCGCGACAUCGGCGGCGCGAUCGAGCGGUACGAGCAGUACAAGUUCGACAAAAUGAUCUACGUCGUGUCGGCCCAGCAGGACCUCCACCUUGCCCAGUUCUUCAAGAUCUUGCGCCUGAUGGAGUUCCCGUGGGCGGACAAGCUCGAGCACGUCAACUACGGUCUCGUCCUCGGGAUGAGCACCCGCAAGGGCACCGUCGUCUUCCUCGACCAGAUCAUCCGCGAAGCAGCCUCGGUCAUGCACGAGCAGAUGCGCAAGAACGAGGACAAGUACAACGCUGUCGAAGAUCCCGAGACGACGAGUCUCGAGAUCGGCAUCACGGGCAUCAAGAUCCAAGACAUGGCUGCAAAACGUAUCAACAACUACACAUUCAGCUGGGACCGCAUGAAGUCCUUCGAGGGCGACACUGGACCCUACCUCCAAUACGCGCACGUCCGCCUCGCCUCCCUCACGCGUAAAAACCCCGAGCUCUUCCCGCUCCCGCCCCCCGCCUCCAUCGACACGGCGCUCCUCACCGAGCCCGCCGCCCGCGAGAUCGUCUUCCUGCUUGGCACGUACCCCGACGUGGUCAAGACCGCGCUGAAGACGCACGAGCCCAGCGGGAUCGUGACGUUCCUAUUCCGAUUGAGCCACGCGAUCUCGAGCGCGUGGGAGACGGUCGUCGUCAAAGGCGAGAAGGACGCGGAGAAGGCGCGCGCGAAGAUGUGGUUGUAUGUGUGCGCGCGGGACGUGCUCGGGGCCGGCAUGCGGCUAUUGAGCAUCCGCCCGUUGGAACGCAUGUAA